UUUUCGAUAAUCGUAGGUACAGUUACGCGUAAUGGAGAAAUGCCUUCAAUCCAGUCCUCCCACUUACCGGAAGCCCACGUAGUCGACGAUCCUGGUCCCUACUUUUCCACCGAAGGACUUUGAAGGCCAGACUACCCACACACGCUAGCCUACGCAAUCGCGAGCGCCAUAUGUGUGUGAUAUCGAUGCUGAAUUUGGUGCGAAACCUGGAUGUGAGUGCGUGGGACGUGGCCGCGAGAACAUCGAGACUACCUACAUGGCUAGUGGUAACGCAUCCGACUGUGAAAUAUCAAGGCUUUCGAAAACUCUUUCCUUCGAGUUCGAAGGUAUUCGAGAUAAUAAAAACGAUAAAGAGAUGUUCCAAUGAUUACCGUUUCGAGUGUCCCCGUCACAAUGUUUCACACAGUAAUAUACAUGGUCGUGUAAUUAACUGUGGAUGCAAAGUAAACAGCAAAGUUACCAUAUCUAUUUAUAUUGAAAUGUAG